AUCCUUCCUCUUUAAUCAUCAUCCAAAUGGCUGCUGCUAAGUCUGGUAUUGCUGUUGGUCUCAACAAGGGCCACAUCGUCACUCGUCGUGAACUCAAGCCCACCGUCUCUUACCGCAAGGGUGCUGCCUCCAAGCGUGUGACUUUUGUCAAGAGCAUUGUUCGUGAAGUCGCUGGUUUCGCUCCCUAUGAGCGCCGUGUUAUGGAAUUGAUCAAGAACUCCAAGGACAAGCGUGCCAAGAAGCUUACCAAGAAGAGACUCGGUACCUUCCUCCGUGCCAAGAAGAAGAUUGACGAGCUCCAAGCUGUCAUUGCUGAAUCUCGCCGCCAUUAAAUUGUCCUCUGACAAUCUGCAAUAAACACAUGUGAACAAGUGGACGGGGUUGUUCAACAACUUUUUAUUUGAA